AUGAUCGAAAUGUUGCUAUUCCUGAUAUUCUGUAUUUCGCCGGCACCUGGCAGGCACUCCCACAAUGCACGCAAUGACAACCAAACGCCGCAAGCCAAUUCUACGAGCUAUUCAAGCCGUCAGCCAUCUCUACCCGGUACCACAUCAGGUACUGUAGAUCCCUCAAUUCCUGAGGGCGAGGCCGUUAAAGAUAUCGAUCUCACCGAUCGUAUUAUCCACAAACUUGUCAAUGAUCAAAUGCUUAAUCAAGUUGAAAUGCCCCUCGAUGGAUCGAAUCAGAAGUCUGAAGAGGAAUCAAAAAGUGGAGCCAGCCUUGUUAAUACCUCCGAUGACUCUACGGAGCCGGGUCAUGAUAAAAUCGAUGGCCAAGAGGAGCCUCAAGCUAAAAUGGACAAAAUUAAACAACCCACUCCUCCUAACCAACAGGAGCCACUGCAACGCCAACAUCAUCAAGGUCAAUCAAAUAUUGAAUCCGAACGGGUUGGAGUUGAAUCCUUCAGAACACCUCCCUUCAUUUGGUCCUACCUUCAUCAAAUCCUUCUGGACAGUAUUCUACGCUCUAUUGAAGAUGAAUUUCAUGCCAUAGCCACUACGACUUCGUCCAAGGAGAAGCUGGAAACAGAGCUUCCCCCUUCCAACUCUGCGGAUGCCGAUGAAUAUGAUGUGGCUGGAAGCAUGGCAGUGGCUCAACUACAGGCCUUCAUUAACGAACCUGCCAAUCAAAUAUAUGCUAUUAAUUUAAUUCACCUUAUCUCGCAACUUUCGGACAGUCUUGUCACAGCCUGUGGGGGACUUUUGCCCCUACUGGCAGCCACAACAUCUCCAACGAUGGAAUUGGAGAUUCAGGAGCCUUCAAGCGGUCUUUUGUUGGAAACAGCAUUCGGCUUUCUGCUUCGAGUGGCAAACAUUGCCGAUGUGGUUGUUUUUAUGCCAGCUGCAUCUAUCAAUUUGAGUACUCUCGAGAAGGAAACAGGCAUGAAUGCUGGUGGAAUCGUUCGGCAGUGUCUGCGACUCGCUUGUUUGUGUGCAGUCCGAAACUGUCUGGAAUCCCGGCUUCGCGAUUUUCUGCCUACCCCCGAAAUUCUCUCCCAAAUUCACACUCUUCCAACCCCCCAUCACCACAUUGCGUCUCCACUCUCCUCCCCCCUCCACGACAAUGAGACUGAACUUCGUCCACGGGCAACUUCAAGCACUUCCUCUACUUCAACACCCACAGCGGAUUUAGCUGACUCUUCGUUGCCUCCUGUCGAUAAACGACAUUCCAAGUCUCGUCUCCUCUCCGGAUUUCACUUCUACAGUCUCCUGCGAAAUAAAGCCGAGGUGAUUCAGAGAUUGGCCAACCCUACCGCUUCAAAUGCUGGUCUUUCAAAGAAACAUUUUUCGCCGGAUUGUAUUGCCUAUUUGGAUAGGCUUGGAAAUCUUCCUCGAAAUCUCCAGCACUUGGCACUGGGCUUAAGACCGUCUAUGGCGAGCUAUCCUUCUGAAUAUAUGGGAGGGAUAUUCGACAAGACGGUUGGCAAUCCUCUUCACAAUAUCGAGUCUCUCCUUCAAAACGUCGAUUUAAAUAGGUUGCACAAUGUCAUUUACAGAGAUGAGGAUGAGACGAGACAAGUGCAGUUUGUUGCUCUAGCUGUGAUCUACUUCCUAUCCGUGCUAAUGGUCUCGAAGUAUCGUGACCUCCUUGACCCUGUCAAUCUUUUGACGGUGUGUCACCGUGAGGCGGCUGUAACUGAUCAAUCCCCCCAACCACCUGUUUCUCCUGCUGCUUGGCGUUUGGGCUCUUCCUCUCCUUCUAGCAAUGCAAUUGCAGGUGCCAACUCACCUGAAGGUUAG